CCGAAUUCGUCUACCUGCUUCUUCCUUAUCUCGCACCUCUGGUCCCUGUCUUCAGGUCCCUCGCUUGGAAUUCCUCUCUGCGCUCUAUCCUUUGUUUUGCGGUGUGGUCCAAACUACCUCGUCAUGGCUCAAAAUAAUACCCCUCCGCUCCCGGAGGGUAUUUUCUCGUUGCUUGAUACGGACCUGUACAAAUUGACGAUGCAAUGCGCCGUCCUCAAGUACUUCCCAGAUGUUUAUGUCACAUAUGGUUUCACAAAUCGCACUCCGGAUAUGAAGUUAACGCGGGGUGCUUACAAAUGGCUUUUGGCACAGUUAGAUGCGCUUGCAAAUAUCCGAGUCACGAAUGAAGAGAUCGAGUUUCUCAAGAAAUGGUGCCCGUACUUCAACCACGCUUACCUGGACUACCUGACCAACCUCAAGCUCAAGCCGUCAGAACAGAUUGAGGUUCACUUCACGCCGGAGCAGGAUACUGGCAGCGAAGAUGAUCUCGGCAACGUCAACUACGUCAUCAAGGGUCUGUGGGUGGAAACGAUCUUGUACGAGAUCCCGCUGUUGGCUCUGACAAGUCAGGCCUACUUCAUGUUCACCGAUAAGGACUGGGACUACAGCUGUCAGGAGGACAAGGCGUUCCGGAAGGGAUGUGCCUUGUUGGAGAAUGGUUGCAUAUUUUCAGAAUUCGGCUCUCGAAGACGGCGCGAUUACCACACCCACGAUCUGGUCAUGCAGGGAUUAAUGCACGCUGCGGAAGAAGGAAAGAAGCAAGGAUGGAAGGGAGUGUUUACCGGCACAAGUAACGUCCACUUCGCCAUGAAGUAUGGAGUGGCGCCUGUGGGCACUGUAGCCCAUGAGUGGUACAUGACUAUCGCUGCCAUCACGGACGACUACGAGAACGCGAACGAGAUGGCCCUGCGCUACUGGCUUGGCUGCUUUGGUGAAGGAGUCCUGGGUGUUGCACUAACCGACACGUUUGGCACGCCUGCUUUCCUCGACGCGUUCCGCAAACCCAUUCCUGCUUUCACCAGUGCAGGUGUUGGCGCAAUCUCCACUACCGCCUCCGGACCCGGCACCACGACAGAAUCAGCAGUACAGAGCGAGGCUACUACCAAACCCCCAAUCGCGGCUCCUUUGGUCAACGAUGCUCAAGGCGAGCACGCCAACAAGACCUACGCCCAGGUCUACACCGGUGUCCGCCAGGAUUCUGGCGACCCCACGUACUUUGUGAAGAUGGUGCGGGACUUCUACGACAGAGAGGGAGUCAAGGAUCCGAAGACUAUUGUUUUCUCCGACUCGUUAGACAUCGAGCACUGUCUUGAAUACAAGGUGAUUGCCGAGGAAGCCGGCUUCAAACCUGUCUUCGGUGUCGGAACUUUCUUCACUAACGACUUCACGAACAAAUCCGACGGCGCGAAAUCCAAGCCGCUCAACAUCGUCAUCAAGAUUGCCACCGCUAACGGCCGCCCAGCCGUCAAGCUCAGCGACAACAUGGGCAAGAACACAGGUGACAAGGAGACCGUACAAAGUGUCAAGAAGAAGCUUGGCUACGUCGAGCACCAAUGGGAAGAGGGCGAUGAGAGCAACCGCUGGGCUCGCAAGUAGUGCGAGCCAUCCAUCAGACAUAUUCACUGAUCUCAUAACUAUAGUCGGUUAAGACGCAGUCAUCUAGAUUCAGUUCCAACGAUUUACGGAUCGCAUAUUUGGUGGCUAAUGUACAGGGCGAGCGACGAGUCUUUUCUUUUUCUUUCAGUCAUGCUGAGCAUCAUUUUAUAUAGUAGUUAGUUAUUCGGAGUACUAGUACUACCUAGAUCACAUGAGAAUUAAGGGUUAAAAAUUUUUGCAAUACUAUUUGUGUUGAAUAGUAUGAUGUUUCCAAAAACCUCAUU